AUAAGUCGCCGCUCACUGCACUUGGACUACCUCACUCUGCGCUCUGUGGCUUGCUCACAUCUGCUCUGCUGAUCACUCUUCUAUCCUCGGCUCCUACCCCCUUCUCUAGUCCCAUCAUCACCGGAGAACGAUGUCUCUUCUUUUGCCUGCAAGAGGCGCUGCUGUUCGUCCUUUCGCCGCUCGACUCACCGUCGUUCACGUCCGAUGCCUCUCGACGACUCAGUCAAGGUUCUUCACUCCGAACAAGGGAGUGAAAGGCCCCUCACCUACAGGACCCGGGAAGGUCGGCAAGGAGGAGACCUCUGUUGGAAGCGAAGGAUUCCACUACAAGGAUGACCCUAUUCGCACACCGCGCGUAGCGGACGAGCUGAAACAGACUGGUGUCGGUCACGAACUCGGAGACUGGGUGCUCUUCCACCCCGUAUACUCGCCCAAGGAGCUUCACUCUGUCGAUGUCGUCAGGCACACGCCGCAGACUUUCAGCGACCGGUUCAUCCGCGACCUCGUCUCCUUCACCCGGAAAUCUUUUGAUUGGAUAUCGGGCUAUACGCAGAAGGAACUCACCCUGGAGGACGAGAAGCUUUCGGUUGAAGAGCUCAGGAAGAGAAGAUGGAUCCUUGAUGAGAAGGCAUGGCUGAACCGUAUCUUGUUCCUUGAAAGUAUUGCUGGUGUCCCUGGGAUGGUCGCUGCUACACUUCGCCAUCUUCGCUCUCUCCGUCUCAUGAAGCGUGACGGUGGCUGGAUCCACACUCUGCUCGAAGAGGCCGAAAAUGAGCGUAUGCAUCUCAUGACCUUCAUGGCUGUCAAGCAGCCUUCUUUGUUGUUCCGUACCCUCGUCCUAGGCGCUCAGGGUGUGUUCUACAACCUGUUCUUCCUUUCCUACCUCAUCAGCCCCAAACUCUGCCACCGCUUCGUCGGCUGCCUGGAAGAGGAAGCCGUCAUCACCUACACCCACGCCAUCAAGGAGCUCGAAGCUGGCCGCCUCCCAGAAUGGGACAACGUUCAAGCCCCCAAGAUCGCCAUCGAUUACUGGCGCCUCAAGCCCAACGCAACGCUGCUCGAUGUCAUCUACGCAGUGCGCAGCGACGAGAGCACGCACAGGUUCGUCAACCACAGCUUUGCCAAUCUGAGCAUUAGCGAUGGGAACCCCUUCGCUGUUGCCGAGCCCGACAUGACCAUCAAGGGCAAGCUCCCUGGUUUCACCAGGAGCCAGUCCGAAAACUUUGUCGGUGAAGAAAAGGAACACGUUGCCGAGGCUGAGAAGCUUCUUGCCAAGCACGUGGAAGAGCGGACUCCCGCUUCCCAUGUGCAAAACUAGACGACGCGCCCACCUCGGUGGUCAGUCUUCCAGAACGUGGACAAUAUAGGUCAUCUCCGAAAGAGUGCUCUCAACAGUCUCUCUCGUCUGUGUAGAUUCUGCUUUUAUCGACGCUUCAACUGUGUGGGUUCAAAAUCAGGUGUUACUACUGUUUCCUCGCUUUGCUUUUCUUACAAUAUUCUCAUGUCUGGCGCAAGCCGCUUGCACCGACCCAGGUCACCUCUCAAUGUAUCUCUAGUCACACUGUUCUGCGUCUAUACUAUUUGCCCAGCAAACCUCCUCUCGCAGGAGUGGGAUAAUGCAAAUCAUCUGCUCUACUGGUUUCUACUUGCUUGACGGUCGUCUCGCAGUGCUGGUAUUUGUGCCCCGAUUAUGAAAAUCUGUUACAUUUCUUGCUUCCCUUACAUUCAUCCCCUUCAAACAUAACUAUGAUUCAAGCUUGACGAUCAGCUCCGGAUCUUCCUUGUAUUCAGCCAUGAAGCCGACGAUGCCUCCCUCCAGGACCAAGCUCUGGCUCGUCGUAACACCUUCUUUGGCGAGGGCGUCCUUGUACCACCCGGCCGCACGUGUGCCACGAGACACAGCCUUGCAGCUUUGGCAAUGGAAUAUGACCUUGGGGAUAUUCUUGAAGAGGGUAACGACAACCGGCAACGUGGGAUAGAACGACUGGGCAGGAAGAUUCAACGCGUCUCUGAUGAAGCCGAUCUAGCGAAUAUUCAAGCGCUGCUCAUCUACUCCGAAUAAAAUCAAUGUUACCUCAAAGUCGGUCCGACGAGUAUCGAUCACGAUAUAGUCAACACCGGCCUUCUUGGUCUUGAUAAGUUCGGCAAGCUCUUUAGCGGUGAUGGUGGGCGUAUCGUAGGACGGCUCGGGGAAGAACUCGUACCACUCCUUGGGCUUGGUCUCCGUGUUCGACAUGAUCUGGAUUGCGCUCUGGUGCUUGCGAUGAUCGACAGAGGUAAGCAGUAGGAGGUUGCAUUUGCGUGACCUGGAAGGUAUUUCGGAAUCGGCCAGUGGAGGCGCGGGACGGAAAAUCAAGUGACCUCCGCUUUCUAUUGGUUACUAUUUUUAGUAGGGUCGCUUCGCACACCAUUUUCAUCUUGAUCUCAUUAGAAUACUACUCUACCACUACGAGGUGGUAAGGAUGGCAAGGUUGUUGACUGACGAACAAGAUUUGAUGCAAAAUAUUGGAGGAAGAUUUCAAGCUUCUAACACCGAACGGAACAAGCGGAUUCAGAUUGUUGUACGGUAUGGUUACUGUUCCAGGAACGCCGUCAUCACAAAUCAGACUGAUCUGGUCACUGCGCCUCGUUCUUCAACUCCAUCAGGACACGGGACACCGCGGCGACUCCGUCAACGACUUUGGCCCGCUCCGAGAAUUUCACGUUAAUCAACCAUUUGGUUGUAAAGUCAUCCGGCUGCCAUCGCUGAAGCUCCAUACCGAGACGAUAAUGCCGAUCUUGGCCAUAUCCGAGGACAGCGAGGAGGAACGUCCGCAUCGCCGUCGGGUCGAGUUCCGAAGGGGUAGAAGGUCGUGAUACGCACGGCCAGGGGAUGGACGCGAACGUCCAUUCUGGUCGACGCGGUAGCGAAGGAAGAGUCGUCCACCGGUUCUGGUACGCUCCGAUCGCCGUGUAGAGGCGUGCAAGCUCGGCCCCAUCCAAUUGCCCAUAGAGCUCAUACGGCCCGGGUCCCGCAUCCUCCGCACUCCGAUGCACGCCCUCAUCGCUCUCGAUCGACAGUGCGCCGUCACUCCCCGCCGUUUGCCUCGUAUCCGUCCUCCCUAGCGCCUCUCGAGCUGCAGCCGAGCUCCGUCUCCGGCCACGUAGGCGCGCUAGGAAUCCACGGUGAGGGCUGGGCGGUUGGGGAUGAAGGGGAACAACGGUAACAUCGGGUGACAGCCGUUGCCCAGGGUAUGGCACGUUGUGUCGUCCAUCUUGCAGAGCGCGCCCGUCGAGAGUGAGCCGCUCGCCGAACGGACCGUAGCGGACUGCUUGCUGGGACGCGAGAACGGGCCCGUGAUUCCCUCGGAAUUCCAUGGAACGGUAUUUCUGGGAAGAAAGGUGAUGAAAGGUCGAGGCGGGACGACGAUUAGCGGUACUGAAGGAAUAAUCGAUUGGUAAAAGAGGGGAAGAGAGGUAAAGACCUCUCAGCGCAAGUGAGAUACUUAUAGACGCUCUUUAGCUCCGACAGAAACUAUGACAGUCGCCUGACCUCAUCCGAAUGGAAAGGUUCAGAAGCACCCCUUUCCACCUCCCAGGAUCAUAAUUCCCCUUGUGCCCAUGCCGGACUUUCGGCAGCGGCUGCGACCACCCGCUUGUGGUGUGAUCAUGCUCAAUACGCGCUUAAGCACGGCGGGGUACCGACGAAUCCUUGUCGUUAUUAAGCACAUCUCCGCCGAAAGAGCUACCCCGUACGAAGACCGACGUCGGUUAUAAUCUGGAAUACCUCCACCCUGUCAGUAACUUGGUCGAUUUAGAACAAGCCCAACGGUCAGCCAUCGCCGGCGGCCGAUUGUCCGAGGAAUUUCUCACACAGAAAUCAGCUUCUUGGACUGCUUUGCUGGCGCUUUACCCCGCUUUCUGCUCGCCAAGCGCUGAGAGCCACAUGCCGGCAAGACAUCUUCGUCGAGGAAGACCGACCCGGUUCAGGCACAUAUUGAGGGACUCCUUCCCAUGACGGCUGACGAUCCUGCUCCAUUUCCCAGAUUGGGUUUCUGGAAUCCGCCCCCUAGGGAGGAAGAGAAUGCCGCGACAUUGGAGCGAAACCCGCGUUGCAGCAAUUUUCGUCAGCCCACCCAAGUCAACAGGUUCUCCCGUUCAUCCCACUCUUGGGCUGCGAUAUCCUAUUCCUAUGCAAAAAGUCUAGCAAUUAGAGCCGCGAAGGUUACAUAGCUCGCGUAAUCCAGCCUGGCCCUUGUCCGUAUCAUCCCGCGGCAUGGCCUCCCUGACUUUUACCCCGCAAGGCCUGCCUUGUCAGCAGAUGACAAAACCCCGCGGCGCAACUCGCUGAUCCAGUAUACGCUGGCCCUACCGCUGAUACACAUCUCGCGUGUUCCGGGUGCAUCUUUCCUAGCGAGGUCGUCGACGAGAUCAAAACGCGGUAUACGUAUCUCAGGGGCAGACACCGGUGUUCAGCAAGCGGUACACUUCUUGCCUCAAGCGCCUGGGUUUCGGUUUGCGUUUUGUUCGUCUCGAGGCUUAAAGAUAAGCCAGGAGAACGGAUGACCUGGUUUGUCAGAACGCCGCGCGGUGGGGUGCAGGAGACGGUGCGUUUGCGUGUGCGUUUGCGUGUCUGUGUGCGUACGGGUGUCCUAACACACCACAACACUUCGCAAGACGCCUGCGAACCUCCUUCCCCAAACGGAACGGAAUACAAUCGAUCUGCUCUCCCCUCUCCCCUGUGCGGAUUUCUCGAAAAGGGACUUUGUGGCGGGGGCAGGAGGCAGACCGUCCGUACAUCCGUGCCCCCAUGCCCUAGCCCUGGCCCUGGUUCUGGUUCUGGACCUCGACUCUACCUGCCGACCGCAGCGCACUCCCCACGCCUCUUCCCAGGAACCCGUUCCGCCGGCCCGUGCGGACGCAGGAGGCUGCAGACGUGAGUGAGGUCAGGGGAGGGGAGGGAAGACGAGCGGGGAAACCUCUGAGGUGUGUUAGCUCGGAAAGGUAUUGGGUGGACUGGGAGGGGGAACGUACCCGUCCACCCGUCCAUCCGUCCACCACUUUUCUC